CGACACCCCCAACGUCCCGCAUUCGAGCCGAGGUCCGUAUUUCAUCGCAACACCAUCUGAGCAGCUCUGCUCUGCCAUCGUCCUGCAGCUUUGCACACCUUCGCCCGCGCAAUGCCUUCUUCGACUGACAAGCCAACGUUUGCGUUGGAAGCGCUGCACCUCCUCAGCGCUCCACUCGAUCAGCUCAGAGCAGAGCGGGAUGCUCGCACGUUGGCUUUGACGCAAACGCUUGGCGCCCGGGAAGUUGUGUCUGAGGACCGCGGCAAAGAUGCCUUUACCAAGGCCAAAGGAGCGGAUGAAGUGCUGGAUUUGAGCAGCGUUCCGAGCAAAGAGCAACUGCUGCGUGCCCUUGAUGCUUUGCCACACGGCGCUGCCGAGCUGCAAGGCGCGAGUGCGACGUCGACCGGCUUGGAGGCGGAAGAGAGACUCAUCGGAAUGGCAAGAGUCACUGCUGGGACGUACGCCCUUGUGCUCGAUCAGCUCGUCGCGGAUGGGCACCGAUUGAGUCAGGCUGCGUGGGAAUGGGAGGACAUCGGAGGCAGCAGAUCAGCGAGCGCUACUUAUCUUGUCCAAACACUACCUCAACGUCUUGUAAACGUGUUGCGACUGGCUUCUCGAAUGGCUAGCGAAGCCGCACAGACGACACUGUCAGUGGCAGAUCAGAGCUCCCGAGAGUCUCAAAUUUCUCAAUUGCUCUCUCGUUCAGCCGCAUCGAAGGCAUGGAAGACGCUCUCUGCCUCGCCGAUUCUUGUGAGGCAAGCAUUGUUCCCCUUGUCUGCUCCUGGCGCACAGCAAUUGGGAUCUCUCGACGCGCAGCGCGCAAAUCCUCUGGUUGUCAACACGACUUCAAAGACCAAGCGCUCCCACAAAUCGAGAGCAAGCAGCAGUUUGAGAGCCCUAAGACAUUCUUCCCCGCUUCAUUUGGCGUCUCACGAAGCCGAGGCGAAGCGCUUGCAAGCAGUCGAAGAGAGACAGGACAUCGCAGAAAAGCUGGGCAUCCUCGCCAUCGAGCUUCAAAAGCUCACCACGGGCCCUCCAAGUCGACAAGGCAUCGAGAACGAGACCGCUCGAGGCAUUCAAGAGGCAAUUAGUCAGCAGGUCGCAUUGCUCCAAUCAGUCCUUGCGCGCGGAGGGGUGGACGACCGCGUUGAUGUUGUCGCUAAUCAACCAGCGUCAAGCGCUGAUCUUUCGAGCAGCGUAGGGACUCUUCGCAAGCUCCUGACCGACUCUAUCCCAAGCUCCUCACGAGAGAUUAGCAUCUUGCUUAGCCCUUCGCCAGCAGGAUUGGGUUCGCCUUCCUUUCUUGCACGAGCUUGGCCCACCUUGGUUCUCACUCCUCUCAUCAGCAUGAUCACCCUGAGAGCAGUGUUGAGAAAUUGGGAUGCGGUCAAAGCCCAAGUUCAGGACGCCAAGGAGACCCUUCGAGGCUUCGUGGUCGGUUGGGUUUGGAACCCUGUCAUGGGUCUGCUGGACACGCUGAGGGAAGGCGACAAGCGCGCAAUGAUCAUGACUGCUGAGAGUCUAAACUCAGACGUCCAGAGUCUGGAACGCAUGGUCGUUGAAUUUGCAGGCGAGAAGCAAACACUCUCUGCGACAGAGCUGGCUGCCCUCUCAUCACGCGUCAGAGAGGGUGACCUUUCAGAGGUUCUGAAGGUCUACGAGCAAGAGUUGAAAUCUCCCCUCAAGUCGGCAGUGACUGGCUCUUUGGUGCGCUCGCUUCUAAUCCAGAUUCAGAAAGCAAAAGUGGACAUAGAGACAGCAAUGGCAGGUAUUGAUCGUUUGCUCAAAUCGCAGCAGUUGCUCUUCGGUGCCGUGGGUGUCGCUCCAGCUAUGGGAGCGGUGUACCUGGUCUACAGCUGGUCCUCCAAUCGGGUCGCGGAAUGGAGCGGAAGGCGAGGGAGACAAGCAGGCAGACAGACAAGAGCCAGAGUGUGGGAGGCCAUGCGGUACGUGCUUCUUAGCCACGCUUUCCGCUCGCGCAUUGUGAUUGACGAUCGCGGUAAUCCAUGUUGAUGUGCAGUCGUAUCGACAAGCUCCUCGCAGCCGACACACAACGCGCUCCGUCCAACGCCGCACAGUCGACGUCCCUCAGCGCAACAACACGAGGGCUGCUACUGUUAGACCUCUCCCUUCUACGCAACUCGGCCACCGCUCUAGUCAGUGCACCAGCGCGAGGCAACAAGUCGGCUCUCAAGAGACUGAGGGGUCAAUUCUUGGAAGACGUGCGAGAGCUCGAAGGGCUGGAAAGUGCGGACUCUGUGCAGACCGACGUGGACGGCAAACCUUCGACGACAGAGGCCGGCCUUGGUUGGCACGUCAGAAGAGCUGCUGUAG